UCAGACUCGAUUAAAUUAUAAGGAGCUUGGGCAUCUAUGUCCCCGAUAGGUGCCUUCAGGCAGGCACCCAGAAGUAGUCGCUUCCAUUUUGAGCAGACUUCCACUUCUCUAGGAGCCAUCUUCCUAACACGGGAAUUGGGGAGCACGCCUGCCCAACCUCGGCAUCCCAUCAAGCUUUAUUUGUCAUACUCAUAUAGCUUAUUUCCCUUUGUGGCUUUGCCAAAAUGAAGGUUCCUCCCCCCAACCCAUCUCACCCCAUCCACACCAGCACUGAGCAAACAAACAUUAAUGAGCACUUUCCACAUGGUUAGCCGGGGGAGACCAGAUCCAAGUCCAUGCUUACCCAGAUUCUUACGAGAGUUUCUAAUGAUCCCCUUUGUGGUUGGCAUGAAACUUUGCUGAGCUGCGAUUUACUUUGGGGAUUUUAUCAAUGAGAGCCAAAGGAGUAAAUAAACCCCGCAGCUGCCCCCCUGCACAAGCCCUUGGGGACGCUGCGUAACCCGCCCUGGUCAAAAGGCUGCUGUGGCCGUUCUGCCUGGCUUCUCAGCGGCGCAUCUGCAAACUUCCCUCCACGUCUAACAUCAGAAUAUUUCUAAGAAUGGAGAAAAAUGGAUCCCGUUUCUUCUUCUCUACCUUAGGACAACGUGCACGUUUGGUGUGCAAAUCGCAGAAACACGUUUGGAUACCAGGUACGCUGCUCUGAUACAUGGUGAUAUGGCUGAAGGCAAUAGCUCCGUGGUGACCCAGUUCAUCCUCCUAGGACUGACAAGUGAGCCCGAGCUGCAGACUCCUCUCUUCAUAGUCUUCUCAGUGAUUUAUCUCAUCACCCUGAUGGGCAAUCUUGGGCUCAUCACUCUGAUCACGACAACCCCCCAGCUGCACACUCCCAUGUACUUCUUCCUCUGCAAUUUGUCUGUUGUUGAUCUUUGCUACUCCUCUGUCUUUUGUCCCAGGCUGCUUAUUGUCUUCCUGGUUGAAAAUAAAACCAUUUCUUACUCUGCCUGCUUCACCCAGCAUUUCUUUUUUCUCGUGUUCGUGACCACAGAGGUGUUCUUGCUGGCUGUGAUGGCAUACGACCGCUACGUAGCUAUUUGCAACCCCCUGCUCUACGCUGUUUCCAUGCCCAGGAGAGUCUGUGUGCAGCUGGUGGCUGGGUCGUACCUGGGGGGGAUUUUGAACUCCCUAACCCAAACGUGCUGCUUGCUGCCCUUGCCGUUCUGUGGGCCCAAUGUCAUCAACCAUUACUUCUGUGACACCAACCCUCUGCUGAAACUCACCUGCGCUGACGACCACCUCAACGAGCUUUUGCUCGUAACCUUCAAUGGGACCAUUUCCAUGUCCGUGCUCUUCAUCAUCAUCAUCUCAUACGCAUACAUCCUCGUCUCCAUCCUGAGGAUCAGGUCUGCCAGAGGCAGGCACAAAGCCUUCUCCACCUGUGCAUCCCACCUGCUGACCGUCACCUUGUUCUACGUGCCCGCCGGACUCAGCCACAUGCAGCCGGGCUCCAAAUACUCGCUGCAAAUGGAGAAAGUCACCGCUGUGUUUUACACCAUGGUUGUCCCUAUGCUUAACCCUGUGAUCUACAGCUUGAGGAACAAGGAGGUCAAGGAUGUGCUCAGAAGAGCCACAGCAAAAAACAUUUUUGCGAGCUGCCCACUGACCAAGUUGACCCCGAUCAGCUGAUGUAAAAGGAAAGAGGCAAGAGGUUUGCGUUGGCUCUCCAGAGUAGUAAGGAGUCACAUACUUGUAGAGAAACAGAUGCAGCAAAUUUUAACCCUGCUUUAAAUUUUGCAGAGACUCCGUGUUACCCAACAUCCAGUCUCCACGGCUCACAUAAGCAUUUCCUUGUCAUCUCUUGCUUUAUUCAGAAAUUAGGUAAUAUCAGAGAAGGUGGUACAAAUAAGCUCAAAAGGAUUCUCCCUCUUAGCCUUAGUUUCAUAAGAAAUUGCACUAAUUCAAGCAGUGAUUCCCUCCAGGAGCAAGCUCAAGAACUGGAGGGCUUUGUGGAGGUAUUACCAGAAAAAGCCUCAUUUCUGCAAACUACAAGAAAAUAAUCUCAUUUUCUUCCAGGAGGAUGUGCCAUGGAAAGUAAGGAAAGGGAAAGGGAGCAGAGACACUGAGUGAGCAGGUGAUAAGGGCAGUAAGUCUACAUGUUGUGAUCUGGUGUAUUUAUCAAGAUGCUAAAUAGUUGAGUGAUCCAUGAUUUAUUUUGAUGGCCAUGGGGAUCAUGACCUAAGCAUAACCACUGCAUUGGUUAUUACA